AUGCUCCAGCGGACGCAGUCGACGCAAUCGACGCAGAACUUGGUUGCUCCUCGGCGCUCGGCUAGCGGUCGAUCUGCCAGUGCGAGCGCCCCUCUUCGUCGCAAGGGAAGCUCGGGGUCGAUGAGCUCACGGACUUUCCGUGAACCCUCGCCCAAUCGCCCCUCUACGAGUUCUGGUCCUAUAAUGCAUGCCCCGACUAAUGUGCCUCCUUUACCAAGUUUGCCGUCGCAGUACUCUCGCUCUCCCCCACCUCGCCGGGCGGCGAGCCUUGAUCCGCAAUCGCGAGCAUCACCGACGUCCCCGCCACGUUCUCCUAUACGAGGUGCACAUUCAGAUCCAAGGGCGACGGGCUCGCCGGGCCAGCUGGCCUCUCAUCACCGACUCGGCAGUUUAACUACCGUGCCGGAGCACGAGCGCCCGACCAGUCGAAACUCUGUCAAUUUCUCAUACCCAAGGGCGCCCGAGCAACAUCACCAAGCUCGUUAG